AUGAACACGUUGACGACGAGGAUUUCAGCAGGUAAUGAUGAAAACUCAUCCUUAACAUCAUUAGUAGUUAACACUAGUGAUCUUUUGAUUAAGAUUCUCUUGUGUUUACCUGUUGAAUUUUUACUUAUCGUCAAACCUGUGUCAAAACUUUGGUAUUCCCUCAUCUCCGAUUCCUAUUUCAUGCGAAAACAUUGUGUGCUUCAUAACAACAAACUUUCAGUAGUAUCUGGAUUGUAUUUUCUCUGUCAUGCACCUACUAAUGAGCAAAACAUCCCGACCUACCGUACGCUUUUACUUGAAAAAGCCAAAAUCAGUACUAAUGUGGUUAAUUUUCCAAUCCAAGUGAAUGAACAACCAGGAGGAGGUUUACAUAUUCAACAAUCUUGUAAUGGUCUUCUUUUGUGCCGUCGACCUGGUCCUCAUACCGGAACGCGUUAUAUUUACAAUCCUUCCACAAGACAUUACAGAAUGAUUCCUCCACCACCUCCAUUCCAAACUGAAGACAUGGAUUUGAGUUCUUAUUGUCAAUGGCAAUUCUAUUUAGCUUUCAGUCCACACAAAUCAAUUAACUAUGAAGUUGUAUUUCUUUGGAGAACUGGUUACGAUAUGACUGAUUAUAAACAUCAGAUGGCAGUAUAUUCUUCUAAAACAGGUUCAUGGAGACUCUGUGGAAAUGUUGAGCUUGAUUGUGUUUUUGAGAUGGAGAUUGAUUACAGCGGGUGGAAACCGAUAUGUCGAGUGGACCUUGACGGAUUAGCAUAUCAGUAUGGAAAUGUUGAAGUUUCCCGUUACCGCAUAUUAAUUGUAGGUCAUGUGCAAGGAGAUGGUGAUGAAGAUGAGUUGAAGGCCUUGAUACUUUUACCUGGCAAGAUCAUAUCUCAUGAUCUCAGGACAAAAGGGUUCAAAGAGAUUUGCGAUUGUCGCCAGCUUGUUCAAUAUCCAACACCUGCUUAUAUUAGAUCACUUGCUAAUGUUUGA